GAUUUUCCAGAGAAGCUGUGACUGCCCCUGGAUCCCUGGAAGUGUCCAAGGCCAGGUUGGAAGGGGCUUGGACAACCUGGGCUAGUGGAAGGUGUCCCUGCCCAUGGCAGGGGGUGGGAACGGAUGGGCUUUAAUGUCCCUUCCAACCCAAACCAUUCCAUGAUUCCAUGGUUUAUGGUGCUGUAGGUGAGACUGUGAUUUGGUGGGUGCAGGUGCUAAAGGGGAACAAGUUGCUGCAGCUGCAGAUAAACCAGCUGGAGGAACUGAGGGCUGGCUCAAGUGGCACAUCCAGAGUUAGGAGGGUCCAGGGAAGCCUCGUUUAACCCAGCACUAUCCUGCAGCCUGUGAAACAGGGAUUCCCAGACCAGAGGGUGCCAAAAUCCUGCCGAUGUCUCAGUAAUACCCAGAGAGAAUGAACUUCGAAUGAAGCCACCUGUUUUGGGCUAAAUAUUUGCUGUGCCCAGCAUAAAAAAGAGCCCUGUCCUGGCACGUUUUCCAGCUCCUUUCUUUCCCCUUUCAGAGCACGAUGUUCCUGGUGGGACUCUCGGGUGGGAUUGCAUCAGGGAAGAGCACGGUGGUGGCCAUGCUGUGGGAGCUGGGCUGCUGUGCCGUGAUCGACGCUGACCUUAUUGCCAGGGAGGUGGUGCAGCCCUACUCCAAGGCCCACCAGCAGAUCCUGUGGUACUUCGGCACUGAGAUCCUCCUGGAGAAUGGCAAGAUAAACCGCGAGGCUCUUGGAAACAUGAUCUUCUCCCAGCCGGAGAAAGGGUGGCUGCUGAACUCCAUCACCCACCCCGAGAUCCUGAAGGAGAUGCUGAAGCAGAUCCUGAAGUACUUUGUGCUCGGAUACUGCUACAUGAUCCUGGACAUCCCUCUGCUCUUCGAGACCCACGGGUUGACCAAGUUUAUGAGAUACACAGUCUUGGUUUAUUGUGACCCCCCGGCGCAGUGUGCACGGCUGAUGAGGCGGAAUGGGCUGGACAUGGACACAGCUGAUGCCCAGAUCAGCUCCCAGAUCCCACUGGAGGAGAAGCUCCAGUGGGCAACUCACAUCAUCGACAACUCGGGGGACAGGGAGAGCACCCACCGGCAGGUGCUGCGGCUCCACAUCCGCCUUGAAGAUUCCCUGGAUUUCCUCUGGGCCUGGCUGGCGGUGGGCCCGGCCAUCGCUGGGCUUGGGGGGCUGGUGUUACUCCUCCUGUGGCAUCUCAUCUAAUUCACCUUUUCUCUUAGUCAAGGAAGGGGCCUGAAUUCCCUGGUUUGAAAAGGGCACCAAAAGGCCACCUCUGUUAAUGAGCUUUGCCAGCUGAAUGCAGACAGCAGUGAGAGGUGUCUCCUUGCACAGUUCCCAAGGUGAAUGUAGCCAGGGGUUUUUUUCCAGCACCUUCUCCCUGUUCAGGUUCUUGCCCACCAGCUGUGCCUCUGGGGGAAGGCUCUUAUUGUCCCCCCUGUGGGUCUCUAUGGUGGGACUUUGGUGAGUUGAGGCACUUUAAUCUGGGACGAUCUCAUUCUAAUCCAGGACAAUCUCACUUUAAUCCAGGACAAACUUUAAUACAGGACAAUCUCACUUUAAUGUCUUCCAGGACAAUCUCUUCCCUGGGAAAAGGUGGCCUCUUGGGCUCUGUCCCUUCCAACAAUGUCCCUGGGGUGAUCCCCUGCAGCUCCGCCCUCCUAAUCCGAGUUUAGACCUGGGAUUUCCCCUUUUUCACAUUGAUUUAAUGGAAACGUGUUAAAUCUGCCUGGGAGGGACGGACAGCACCUCGUUCACGUGGGUUGGGUGUUCAGGUGGCUGCUCUCCUCCCUCCCACCCUCUGAUUCUCUAGCCAUCGCUAGUGGGUCACCCUUGUCUUUGGAUCCAAGGGUCUGAUACAGCCUGGAGCAGGCAGAGACCUGGGCUCUGCCUUGUUCAGACUCAUUUCCUGCUGUUUGAGCUUCCUUCGGCAGCACUUUCCCGGCGGGAGAGCCGAGCCUGGGCGAGGCGGGUGCUGGCUCUUCACUUUUGUUUUAAUAAAACACUGAACAGCA